AUGCUUCAUACACGUGAUACAACAUCUAUCAUGCUGAAUGACGAUGAUGAAUGGAGAGGCACAACCGACCCUAGCGUGCGACGCAGAGUGCAGAACAGGCUGAACCAAAGAGCGUAUCGACAACGACGACUGAUGCUGGGAACAACGGAUAAAACGCCAAAGAGGGCUACCAUGGAUGGCAAAAGCCCCGUCACUGGCAGACCUCAGGCUCGUGAUCGGAAAUUUAUUGGCAAACCUUGCCUUGCUUCAAAUAUACGCAUCGAUCCAUCUCCCUGGUACACCAAUCCAGCCACGGUAGUUGAGCAGUUCCAGGAACUGAAGCUCGGGCGUCACGCAGGGCGAUCGCCAUCCAAUGAUCACCUCCUCUGUAUAAUGCAGUUCAACGUGAUGAGAGCUUUUGGAACCAUUAGCUCUAUUAUUGGGCUAUCGCCAGACAAUCUAAUAGAUGAAUGUGCAUCAUCUCCGUUUUUCUCUUAUACAUCUCCAGCCGACAACAUGCCGCAGUUCCGACUUCCACAGAGCUUGGCGCCGACUGCUCUGCAGAGAUCAAUUCCACAUCACCCAUGGUUUGACAUUUUACCAUUCCCACAGAUGAGAGAUAACCUAUUAAGCCUUGAGAGCGGUACAAGCACGGUGAUGGAGCAUCACCGAUACGAUGCAGAUAGUCUAUGUCAUUGGAUGGUUGGACUCGACACUAGUCAGACAGAGUCUGGCCUCAUCCUGUGGGGAGACCCGUGGAAUCUGGCAUCAUGGGAAGUAACAGCAGAGUUUUUCUACAAAUGGGGUUGGACUCUGGAGGGGUGCGUCGACCUCUUUAAAUCGACGAAUUACUGGAGGGCAAGGAGAGGUGAGAAGCCUCUCUUUAAGACGGGAUGCUGA